AUGCCGGUGGUCUCCCCGGUGGGCGUGAUGGGCUGUCACUUGCAAGUUGCCAGCCAUGGGGCGAUCGUCGACGUGAUCUUACUCAGCCCGGUGCUGACAUUCAUGAUGUCAUCGAUCAAGGGUGGCGCAUUCAGCCGGGACUCGGGCCUGACUCGGGCUGACUCGGGUGCUUGCUUUCACGAUGCUCGCACUCGUUUGCCAUCUGCAACGCCCACUCACUCUCACAAGUCUCCGGACAAGGCGGCCAACGGUUGA